AUGUGUCUACUUGACGUCUCGAUACUACCAUUCCUUUGUAGUGGUUGUGAUCACCGUCUCCUAAUUGCGAAAAUACGACUUAGCCACAUGAUGGGAAAGAACAUCUGCUAUCGACAACGAAGGAGAAAAGUAGUCGUCCACGACGAUUGUGUACUCGAAGACUUCUUGUACCAAGGUGACUCUUACAUCGAGGAGGAACCAAACGUAGACUACGAGACGCUGCUCAGAGGACUACGAGCCUGUGCUGAACGUGUCUCGAAGCUGCGAAAAACGAACUUGGAUCGAAUUUCAAAGACCACCAAGGAAUUGUUGGAAAGAAGAGGGACAUUGAGUCUUGGUCCGAAUGCAUAG